AUAAUGGCACCUGCAGCGAUUUUGAUAAUGAAAGAACAUUCUCUCCAAGUUUUCUUGUCUUCUAAAAAGUAAAAGAUAAUCCCUAGAUUUUCGCCAUUGAUGAGCUCUGACCCCUUCAGUCUCACUACUUCCUCCUCUGUUUCCUCUGUUCAAGAUCAAGAUUUAGUUUAAUGGAGAGGAGAAGAUCGAAACCGGUUAAGAAUCUACCGGAGACAAUCCAUUCAUUGCUCGGUACGAAGUCUUAUUUGACAUCAGCGUGGGUCAAAUCUGUCUGCAACAUCGUCAAGAACGUUUCCUCCUCUGAGAUUGCUUCGACGUCGAAGGAAGAAGACGACUCUGCUUUCAUCCAAGUACAGAGCAUCAGAGAUAAACUCUCUGCAUUAACAGUUGAAGCAAAUGAGCAGAACAAACGAAGAAGGCAGAUUCUUAACGAGUUUUUGGACCUCAAAGGGAACAUUCGUGUGUUUUGCCGAGUGAAACCCUUAGACUCCAAAAACUUGAGAGCACCGGUUGCUUCGGAUGCAAGAAACGUUAUCAUCAAGUUAACAGAAAGCAAGAGGAAAACCUACAACUUCGACAGAGUCUUCCAACCUGAUUCAUCGCAAGAUGAUGUUUUCUUAGAGAUUGAACCGGUAAUCAAAUCGGUUAUAGAUGGCUACAACGCUUGCAUUUUUGCUUAUGGACAAACUGGUACUGGAAAAACAUUCACAAUGGAGGGUCUUCCGGAAUCACCAGGCAUCGUUCCUCGAGCAAUCAAGGGAUUGUUCAAACAAGUGGAGAGCAGCAAUCAUAAGUUUGUAAUCAAAUUUAGUAUGCUUGAGAUUUACAUGGGGAAUCUCAGAGACUUGCUUGUUUCUCAAGGAACUAAACCCCUUGGUCCAAUACCUCCAAGUCUUCUGAUACACACAGACGCAAAGGGAGAGAUAGAUAUAGAGAACUUGGUGACUCUUAAAGUGUAUGACUUUGAUGAAGUCUUCAAGUUAUACAAAAUAGGUUGCAGAAACAGAGCAACUGCCUCCACUAACUCUAACUCUGCAUCCAGCAGAUCACACUGUAUGAUCCGUGUAUCGAUUGCUUGCGCUGGAGCUCCUGAGAGACGGCGUGAAACAAACAAGAUUUGGCUAGUGGAUCUUGGAGGAAGCGAGCGUGUGUUGAAAACUAAAGCCACUGGUCGCCGUUUCGAUGAAGGCAAAGCCAUUAAUCUCUCUCUAUCUGCUUUAGGAGAUGUCAUCAAUUCUCUCCAACGCAAGAAUCCUCACAUUCCUUACAGGAACAGCAAGCUCACACAAGUUCUGAAAGACUCUCUCGGGCAAGACUCUAAGACGUUGAUGCUUGUUCAUGUCAGCCGGAAAGAAGAUGAUCUUUGCGAGACCAUAUGCUCUUUAAAUUUCGCAACUAGGGCAAAGAACAUCCAUUUAGGGCAUGACGAAUCAAAGGAAGAACAAGAGAGAAAGGAGGCUGUGAUGAUGAAUCUGGAGAAGAUGAUGGAAAAGAUAGAGCAAGAACGUGAGACAACGUUAAAAGAGAUCAGAUCUUUAAACGAGACAUUAGAGAAACUCACUGGUAAGCCUCAUGGUACUGAAGAAGCAGAAGUAGAUGAGAUAAGAGAAGAGAUUCAAGUUACUCCAAAGUUAAAGAGAAACAAAUCAAGACGUGCUUCCGAUGUUUUCCCUAGCUUCAUGAGACCGACAGCUAGUAGCAGCAGAAGGUUAUCAGGGACAGAUUUCAGCGUAAUCUCUCACGGUCCUGGCCUUAAGUCUAGAAGAAACUCGAUGAUAUCUGUCCGAGCUGAGUCCGUGUGUCUUCCUGUGAAGAAGAACGGAUAUGAUUCUGUGUGUGACUCAUCAGAGAGGAGCGUCUCCAAGUCUACUUGUGUAAUGCGUCGGAAUACAGUAGAUGAUGCAGCAACGGUUGAUAGUCAGGACAUUUCUGAAUGUGAUAUCAAGUUGGUUGUGUCUGAGCACAAGCCAAAGGUACAGAAGAUGGGCCCCGGAUAUGCUAAAAAAUCUAGUUCUUCAAAGAUGGGUGGAACAGAGUUUUCAAAGGUUAACAGUUGGCUUCAUUCGCAAUCCGCAAGCAAGAAUUACUUGCUUGACAAGAAACUACUUCCCAAGACCCCUUCUCCGGUUAAAGCAUGCAGUCUAAGCAGAAACAGGUCGUUGGAAAAGUCAUCUGCAAAACUGGAAGACAUAGAAGAAUCCAAAACAGAGGAAACAGGGGUUAAACCUACACCGAUGCUUAUAGAUCUGUUUGAGCUGCAAUGUCUCUGUUCUUCCGAAACAGAGGAUCAGAUUCUGUCCAAAUACCCAAAUCCUGGCGACGAAGGACUUAGCCAACACAUAGACAAUAACGUAAGGGAGCAAGGGUCACUUAAGCCAAAAUCUCAGAGAGGUUUGGCGUUCCAGGAGGAUAUAGCUCCACCAUUGCUUAGACCACAAGUACUAUUGGGCGAGGAGAGAGGAAGAGCUCAAACGUUUAUCCAGAAGCUUCAGGCGUUAUGCUUAUGCAUACUUCUGGUACUAGGGUUUAUUGAUGUGGGGUAUGGUAAUGACUUCUUCAAUGGGUUAACGAAGUAAAGACAAAGAACCGCAGGAAGUCUUGGUCCCCAAGCAAAUGAUGGAAGUUUAGAUUUUUCAAUAGAGAUUGUGAAUGUAUUAUUUCUUGAAUAACCGGUCAAUGAUUCUGAGUAAAAGACAAAUCAGAAAAGCCUGUCAUGUCUUGUUUUAUGGGGUAAUGUCAAAAGGUUUUAUACUUUUAUGUCUUUUAGAGGAAAUUUUGUCUCCUA